GUGUCCCGUUGAACCUGAAGUUUUACCAGCUUUACUUCUGGAUCCGAAAACCAACUCAUUGGUGACGCCAUUCCAUGCUUUUAAGUUCGCGUCCGACAGUACAGUAAAGUUUCAGCUGACUGUAUCUUUCUGUCUUGAUGCCUGCACUCCAGUCGACUGUGAGAAUAGAACUGCCCAGAAAGUGGCACAGUCCUAUGGUAGGCGUCGUCGAGCAGCUUCCCAAGCAGAUCUUAGUAUAUUUAACAUUCAGGCUGGAGACGUGGUCAGUGACGUCACUAUGGAAAGUACUUUAUUCGUCGUGGGUAAUCUAAAUUCUUCGGGGAAAGAAGAAGAAACUAAACAGGUCCCUGAGACAAGAAAAG